AUGGCUGACCGCAUUAUUUCUAUGCGAACUCAACUGCGGGAUCUGCUGGCCAAGGAGGGAUCUAAACGCAAUUGGCAGCACAUAACUGAUCAAAUUGGAAUGUUCUGCUACACUGGAAUCAAUCCUCAACAGGUAGAAAAGCUGAUCAAGGAGCACUCUGUCUACCUGACCAAGGACGGCCGGAUUUCCGUGGCUGGAAUCUCGUCCAAUAAUAUCGAAUACUUCGCGAAAGCCCUCCAUGAAGUCACUAAAUAG